UUUUAUGGUAGCAGAUGAAUUUGAUGAAGGAAAACAUUAACCCGUCAAAACUGUAUAAUGUAGUAAUUGUAUUUUUAAUAAUAAUGAUAAUAAAUCUUUCUAGUUAGUAGAGAGCAUAAACAUAUGAACCUUGGCUUCUUCUUUCUUAAUCUUAAGAUAACAUUCCAUUCACGCCAUGCAGAUUCUUCUCUUCUUCGCUGCUUAGCAAUAGCGUGUUCCUAUAUCUCAAUGCUCCAAUGCCAUUCACGGCUUAUUUCUUUGUUCAAAUGGAUUGAAUUCUGCACAUCAUUUCACUGUGUAUGGAACACUAUGGAGGCUAAUUAGAAAAUAUUGGUGUUAAAUUGCGAAAACUCGAAAAAGAACAUGGCUACAGCUACCAAGGCUGAAAAGAAGGCUGCAGUGGAUGCAGCUGCAUGGGUGUUCAAUGUUGUCACCUCUGUUGGUGUUAUAAUUGUCAACAAAGCUUUGAUGGUCACUUAUGGCUUCAGUUUUGCUACAACAUUAACAGGUCUUCAUUUCGCUACGACAACUUUGAUGACAACCGCAUUAAAGAUGCUAGGAUAUGUCCAGCCGUCUCACUUGCCAUUGUUUGAACUUCUAAAAUUUGUGUUCUUUGCUAACUUCUCUAUUGUUGGAAUGAAUGUGAGCCUAAUGUUGAACUCAGUGGGAUUCUACCAAAUUGCUAAGUUGAGCAUGAUCCCUGUAUCCUGCCUAUUUGAAAUUGUUUUCGACAAGAUUCGGUAUUCAAGAGACACGAAACUGAGCAUACUUGUUGUCCUUAUUGGUGUCUCUGUUUGCACCGUAACUGAUGUGAGCGUUAAUUCAAGAGGAUUCAUUGCUGCCUCUAUAGCAGUAUGGAGCACUGCUCUGCAACAGUAUUACGUUCAUUAUCUUCAACGGAAAUAUUCGCUAAGUUCUUUCAACCUUUUAGGACACACAGCACCUGCUCAGGCUGGAACACUACUGUUGAUAGGCCCUUUCCUAGAUUAUUGGUUGACAAACAACAGAAUUGACAAGUAUGCUUUCAACUUUGGCUCCUUGAUGUUCAUAGUUCUGUCAUGCACCAUAGCAGUUGGCACAAACCUCAGCCAAUUCAUCUGCAUUGGGAGAUUCACUGCUGUGUCGUUCCAAGUACUAGGACACAUGAAGACAAUACUUGUUCUAGUGAUGGGAUUCUUAUUCUUUGGUAGGGAUGAUCUCAAUCUCCAUGUGGUUCUAGGAAUGGGGAUUGCCGUGUUCGGAAUGAUAUGGUACGGCAAUGCCUCAUCCAAGCCCGGUGGAAAGGAGCGAUGGAGCCACGCUCUCCCCACCAACAAAACAGAACCACGAUGAUACCAUGAUUGUGAUUUCGUUGGUGAAACCUGAGCUCACCAAGAAAGAAAGAAAAAGAAAGAGAAAUAUAGAUAGUUAGGUCCUUGGAAAGAAUUUUUUUAUUUGAAAUCAGAACCCCCAGGGGUUCUAAAUUAUUUCAGCCCCAUUUUUGUAAUUCUUUGAAAUUUCUUAGUUUUGGUCUCGGUGGAUAUUUCCUGGUAGGUGCAGGUUCCCUGCCAUGAUGGAAAAAAUAUUUAUUAUUCGGUUUAGCUAAUAAAUUCCUUUUGAAGCCUCAGUUUAGAGAGAGUUGAAGGGUAUGUUUGGUUCUUCCAUUCCUAUCCAAUGCUGUCAAUAGAUUAAAUACCCUCGUCAUUUGCCCAACACUUUAGGUUCUGUUGUUAUGAGACAAAAACAGAGAGAUAGAAACAGAAAUUUGGGGAAGAAAUCGUAUUUGGGCGUAUAGACAGAAAAUUAAAAUUUAGCCAAAAUUCUUGUUCACUUAGGACUAAGAUAAUUUUUGAAGUCAGGUAAUAUUUUUUUCUUUUUCCAAAACUAUCAUCACUCCCUUCUCUCCCUCGCCCUCCUUUCUGUUGUUGCCGCCUUCACCCUCCCCCACGGCACCUGUUUCUCCUCCUUCCAUGCCAACGAUAACAAAGACAACAGGGCCUCAAAACAAGACAAUCUCUGUUUGUUUUCCCUGCAAUGCUGUCACCUCCAACGGCACCCACCCAACGCAGACACUAGGGCACACCACCAAAACCUUAAUGGUGCUGCUGUAUCAAAAACUAGAUGACUUGCAAAAGCUGAAACCAUUGCCUUCCCUACCUAGCAAUAAUUUCCAACCAUGGCCUAGUGAAAAAGAUAAGGACGAAAAACACAGAAUCAUGAAGAUGAACAAUUCCAGUUUUUAUUUGAAGGAAGAACCGUGGUUAAGAAAAAGUUACAAGGUGAAAAUAACAAAGGUCUUUUUUUGUAACUUAAAUUUGAGACAAUUGCUUUUAUAUGUCGGUCUCAAAUUUCCUCUUUCUGUCUUCAUAUUUCCCUCCCGAGGCAAAAUCCAAAUAAUCCUUCUUCGGUUAAUUCUCUUCAUUUUCAAUUGUGAAUGCAAUAUAAUACAUAACACUCGUAUAAGAAAAACCAAGCAUAACAAUAAUAAUAAAAAGUAAAGAACUCAUUUGCUCAGGUAAAAUAUAUCCCAUCGUAAUUUUGGCUUCACUGCUGUUACUAAUCGAUAAUCAUUUGAAAGUAUUUUGUUAGGCCAACUUUCUGUUAAAACGCAACUUAAUACUAUUGGAUCGGAAGUCUGAUAAAUCUUAAAAUAUCAUCAUAAUUCAACUAAAUGGAAG